AUAAAGGGUUAUUAAAUUAUUGUGUCGUCGUUAAUUAAGAACUAAAAAUGACGGAUCAAAUGAAGUUUAUUGUUAAAGAAAUCAAUCAAACCCUGGGACGGAACUACGAUUUAAUUAAAUUCGACGCUCUUGGUGAGAAGCAAUUGUUACAGCUCCUGGUAGACUUACUGGUAUUUUUCAAAGCUGGUGAAAAGUUGGAUAUAUGCGAAGAUGAAACUGAACACGUGUCUAUACGUUUGCUCGAAAUGUUAGGAAACGUAAAACUACGACCUCCAUCGGGAGUAGAUCCUGCCACAUUUAGAACUCAACUUCUUGCCGGUGACGCCAGGACUGUACAUCAUGUUCUUUAUUGGCUUCUGUCGAAUCAGGAGCAAGUUAUAAACACGGCAUAUCUCGCAAGGUAUUUAAAAAUACCCGAAAUACCCCCGGAUGUCGCUCGGAACAACACCAUUCAGGAUCUUUUAGAUGUGUAUAAUAGUCUUAUUGACGAAUUUAAGGACGUACACAAAAGGACUCGGCUCCUACAAAAGGAGAAAGCUACAGAAAUUAUUAACGAUAUUAAAGAAAUGGCAGUAGAGCGAGAUAUAGUGAUAAAGAAAUUGGAGAAUGUUCAAGUUCACCUUGCCGACGUGAAAAAUAAAGACGACCUUCUACAUGAGAGUAAACUUUUACGAGUGCAACAAGAACGGGCCAAGGAAUUGAAGGCACAAUAUGAGACCCAACAAACGCAACUUAAAACGGCGAGUGAUCAACUCAAACGAUAUUUGAACGUUAUACAUGGGCAAAGCGCUAUUCCUAAAACAGCUACGGAUGUGAUUAAACAUCUUCAAGAAGAAAUACAGCUAAAUAAUUACUUGGUUAAAGAAAAAUUACCCCAUGAAUGUAACAAUUUACAAAAAGAGCUGAACAUUAUGCAAACAGUUGCCAUGGAACAACAUCCGACUCGUAACGAUUUGAACGGAAUUCAAGAAAAGAUUUCUAAUGUAAACGCCGAAAUAGAACAGUUAGUACAGCAAAAGCUUGCUACAUCGGGGUCACAGGAAGACAAGCUAGCACCAUUUCGACAGCAAGCGUCAGUGAUAAAACGGAACAAGGAGGCAAGCGCGGCUCAUGUGCACGAAUUAAACGCUACAUUGAAGGAACACGAAGCUACACUUGCAGACGUACAAUCACAAGUAAAACAGCUCCUUGGAGAUAUGGUGCUGAGGGGAGAAGAAUUGAAAAAAUAUGUAAAUUCACUACGAACCAAAAGUACUGUGUAUAAACGACAAAGGGCCAAUCUGUCAACAUUUAAGGUUGAAGCCGGAAUUUUGACUAGGACUUUGCAAAUAAUUUGCACAGCGGACCCAACCGUAGAAAUGGCCCUGCUGAAUUAUAAAAAAAUGAAAAUAGACGAGGAGGAAGAUAUAGAGAAAGAUGCGAAAUCUGAAUUAACGAAAAAGUCAUUUCAUGAUUUGUCUCAGCUUGUAGCGCAGACAGCCCAAAAGCUUUCUGAAGUACGUCAAGAGCUGCAACCUUUAGCUGACAAAAUUAAACCAAUAAAACACGAUUUUCAAACUGUACAACAACAAUACGAACAGAAGAAAAGGGUGUAUGAAGCCACAUCGAUAAAUAUAUCGUCGCAAAUGGAACCCCUAAAGAAUCAACUGAAGGCACUAACGGACGAGUUACAGAUUAAAGAGGGUGAAUGGAAAAAUUUACGCCAAAAGAUUAUGAAAGCGGAAAGUUUGCAGGAAGUUGUGAUGUUUGAAAUGAAAAACUCAAUGCAAUCACCACGCCAACCGUCCAAGAUGGAAUCUAUGAAGAGGAAAAUUACUGACUUGGAGGAUAUUGUCCGAAAUUUGGAAGAUGAGCAACGAGCAAUAAGCUCGCGUCAAGGUGCAGUGGAAGAACAGACCCGUUUGUGGCAAAACACAUUGGAUCUUCUCCGCUGUAAAUUGAAAACUCGAAGUGAACCAGCUCCACGUCAAGGCAGAAUGCAUAUUACCCAACACUCACAAAUGCUAACUCUCUCAUAAUAAUCAAUGUUUGACUUAAUAAUUAGUUAUAGUUUAGAAUUGUCAAUAAUAAUACCGUUAUUUUCUUUCACGUGGGGACCUAUCUAGUAGCUCUUACUGCGAGCCUAUUGACCUACAACUGAGAUGCCUCGCUUAUUCGUACCAUGACAUCAAAAAAACUAGACAGUUUAUGUUUUCACGUGGCCUUAGCGAUAAUCAGUUUAAUUUCGUUCGUUCAAUUUGUAUAAAAUUUCGUACCACGACCGUUGGGCCUUGAAACUAUGACAGAAUAAGCGAUUCUAAAAAAGUUACUUUUUGUUCAACUUUUUUGUAUCGAACGUGUCCAAAUAAUACUUGGAACAUAUUAAAUUCAAUAUUUUACUAAAACUUGUUAAUAAAUAAUAAAAAUAUCGAUGGCGAUGAGGAACAAGACGGCAAUUCUCUUCUACCGACUUAGUAGAUGUCGAGUUUAGAAUUUGCUAUAGAUCCACGACGUUGAUUUUUUGAACAUUUCAGUGUAACUACAAAUAAUAUUUAUUUAAUUAAUUAGACAGGUUAAACAAAAUCAUAAUUCCCCAAUACAUAAUAUUUUAUGUUAAAUCAGCUCCCGCCCGCGUUUUUUUAUUAAUAAAACUCUAUCGUGUCCAGGGACUUUUCUAUCUCACAAUUUCAAUUUUUUUUGUCAAAAAAAAAACAAGAUGUUAGUGUAUUGAUUCCAAUACACUAAUUUGCGAAUGCCGUGUAACGCGUCGCGAAAUACGCCCCGGACACAUCGGUAAUAUUUUUAUUAACAAUAUUCAUGGGCGAGCCGGGGCGGAAAUUCCCGCCCGCGUUGGUUUCGUGUAUUUUACAUUUGGUAAAAUCUAAAAUACUAAUACAUCACUCUUGCAACUUCUUCAACAAUUAUUCCGUGUAUUAAAAUAUAGUAUAAUUUACACCUAAACUUUCAUAAGGUGUUAUAGGUAAAUACUGCAAAAAUAGCCGCCGCCUGGUUUUUCAUUUUAUAAUAAAUAAGAAUGCUAUAUCACGAGUAUUUAUUAUAAUUAAACUUUUCCUCAUUAUGUUCAUGAAUUGUAUUAUUCUACUCUGCCUUUUGUUGUUUAAAUAAACAUAGGUAUUUUUUAAACUUAAUAAUAGGUAAAUAAUAAGCCAUUUGUAAAACGCCCUAAAGAUAGAAAAAGAUGUCUUCAAGCAGUGUUCAAUUGGAUAUAAACAUAUAUUUUAUAGCGAGUUUGUCAGGAUAAGCUGUAAAGAAAAUAUAAUUAUUUAUAUUAUAUGAAUUAGUUAACGUAUAAACAAAUUUUCUAUCAUUUAAACGAAUUGAUUUUUAUUAUAGUUACUUAUGAUUUUCGAGUUAUAAGUUGAUUUGUAAAAUCGUUUGCAAAGGGAUAGGGAUAUCAGGAAUUCAGGAUAUCAGAAAUACAAUUUUGUAAUUUUAGAAAAAAAAAUUGUUAACCAUACUCACCGCAUCAUAUUUAUAAGUUACACAAUUUGUAAAACUAUAUUUAUAAAACUGAAAUUUUGUAAACUGAUAUUGAAAGCUCCCAUCAAAAUUU